GCUGAUGUUUCUAUGGUGAUGGAAACCAGGAUGUUCGAUCUAACUUGUCACAUGAUCAAGGUCAACUGACUUGAAUGCACGCGCAAAACAAGACGGCGUGUUUCCAAACUGGUUAGUGCAGUAGUCAUCGUUCUAGUGAACUCCUGGCGUCCGUAAUUGCCUACUUCUGUGCUGCGGCUCACUAAUGGCAGAACAGCAGCCCACAGUCCUGCUGAACACAGGGGCGCAGAUGCCCCUCCUGGGCCUGGGUACCUUCCGCCUCAGAGGCCCAGAGGAGACUCAGCGGGUCAUCGACGCGGCGCUGGCUGCGGGUUACCGCGCUUUCGACACGGCGGCCGUGUACCGGAACGAGGCUGAGCUGGGCCGCGCCCUCAGGGACCUUCUGCCCAAGCACGGCCUUAGCCGCGGUGACGUCUUCAUCACCAGCAAGCUGGGACCGCGGGACCAAGGCCACAGGGCCAGGGAGGGGUGCGCGCGGAGCCUGGAGCAGCUGGGGCUGGAGUACAUCGACCUUUACCUGGUCCACUGGCCUGGCACCCAGGGCCUGCCUGUGGGAGACCAGCAGAACCCCAGGAACCGCGCCGAGAGCUGGGCGGCGCUGGAGCAGUUCCACGCUGACAAAAAGUUCCGGGCCAUCGGGGUCUCCAACUACACCCCUGGGCACCUGAAGGAGCUGCUGCGGGUGUGCCGGGUGCCUCCUGCUGUGCUCCAGGUGGAGUUCCACCCGAAGCUGGCCCAGGGGGAGCUGAGGGCACUCUGCAGGGAGGCAGGCGUCUGCUUCCAGGCCUACUCCUCCCUGGGGGCUGGGGCCCUGCUGUCGGACCCUGACGUGCUGGCCGUGGCCGCGGGGUGCGGGCGCACCCCAGCCCAGGUGCUGCUCCGGUGGGCCGUGCAGCAGGGUGUGCCUGUGCUGCCCAAGUCCUCGCAGCCGGAGAGGGUUGGGGAGAACGGGCGGGUCUUCGACUUCCACCUGAGUGAGGAGGACAUGGGGAGGCUGUCUGCCCUGGACUGUGGGGAAAAGUACUGCUGGGACCCCUCAGUAGUGGCCUAGAACCGUACUCUCCCAGAUGGGCUACGUGACUGCCCAUUACAGACUAUGGCUCAUAGAGAGCCAGUGUCUGCAGUGAGGUUGUGAUCAUUCACUCACUAUCUAAGUGGAAUCCCAUUAAGCUGGCCUUGACUUCUACUGAAGGUAUUCACCUUCUCACACCAGGUUUGGAAUAGAUUCAUGGAACCUGAGGAACCUGCUAGUUUUCAACCUUCUGGGACCAGAGGAGGGACUCAGUUCUUGUUCCAGUGUCUUGUGUUCCAUUUUGGAUGAGGUAGAGAAUAUUUCACCUGUCCUAGUGGUAACUCUAGGCCAACUGCUUCCACUAUAGCUGAUUAAUACCAUUCUUUAUGGGAUGGCUGCAAAUCUAGGUUGUGACAGACAUAACAAGGUGGAUUUGUAAUUCUGGUUGUGGCACAUUUUUAAAAAAAAUCAGUGUUGUGUUAAUUAAUAUUUGUUUUAUUGAGGUUCUGUUAAACCACCACAGCGAGUGAUGUUUGGUCCUCAUGGCAACUUCACAGCUUCGGACUGGAAACUCGAAACCCUUGUAGGAUUAGGGUUACCUCCCUCUGCAUUUCAGUAUAAUUAAGAUGCAGCACCCUGUGCUCUCGUCACCUUUGUUUAUUCCAGCUCAGCCCUCAAUGACUUACUUGGACAUUUUAGUUUUGCAGUAUUUUUGUUGUAUAAACUACAGUUGACCAAAAGUGGCUUGUGGUAAAAAUAUUUCAUGAAUUAUG